UUAAAGCGCGACUCGCAUUCAGUCGGUUAUGAGCUACCAGCUAAGUUGAACGCGUUUUCACAUUCUCUGCCGAUGUAACAAAAAAUCUCAAGAAAAGAACACGGCGAAAGGAAAGAAAUAAUAGAGGACUAAUAACGCUUCGGUAGCAAGGUCGUAAUAUUUAUAAUAUUGUUCUUUGGAAAUCAGUAAGACAUGUCGGCAAAAGCAAUUCGCGAAGCAACAGGAAAAGACCUCAUAAAUCGUAAGUUUCCUUCGGGUACGCAAGCUGUAAAAUUACGUUUUGCGACCGUCACAGAGAAGACAAAUUGGGCUGAUCUCGUUGUUGAUCAUCCAUGGUUAAAAACGGAGAAGUUGGUGGUGAAACCGGAUCAGCUGAUUAAACGCCGUGGAAAACUAGGUUUGAUAAAAGUCAAUGCUGAUUUAAAUACUGUGAAGAAAUGGAUCGACGAACGAAUGAACAAGGAACAGCAAGUAGGAAAGGCAAUGGGAAAGCUAAAGACGUUUAUCAUCGAGCCUUUUGUUUCUCAUAAACCGGCAGAGGAAUACUACGUGUGUAUAUAUUCUCAUCGGAAAGCCGAUUCGAUAUUAUUCCAUCAUGAAGGAGGUGUUGAUAUCGGGGACGUUGAUUCUAAAGCUUUGAAACUAGAUAUUCCGGUGGACAGUGAAUUACCAGAUCGAGCCACGCUUAUAAGUGAAUUACUAGUAAACGUGACGGAUGAGAAACAAGAAACGGUUGCAACUUUCAUAGAAGCUCUCUAUAAAUUUUAUGUUAAUUUAUAUUUUACUUAUUUAGAAAUUAAUCCAUUAGUAGUAACAAAUAAUGGAAUUUAUAUAUUGGAUCUCGCUGCGAAAUUAGAUACAGCCGCCGAUUUUAUAUGCAAACCAGAUUGGGGCGAGAUCGACUAUCCACCUCCGUUUGGACGGGAUGCAUAUCCUGAAGAGGCGUACAUAGCAGACUUGGAUGCUAAAUCCGGAGCUAGUCUGAAAUUAACUAUCUUAAACCCAAGUGGACGUAUAUGGACAAUGGUUGCUGGCGGUGGGGCUUCUGUAAUAUAUUCCGAUACGAUUUGUGACUUGGGUGCAGCCAAUGAAUUAGCAAAUUACGGAGAAUAUUCCGGUGCGCCUACAGAACAACAAACAUAUGAAUAUGCUAAAACUAUUUUGAGUCUAAUGACAAAGGAAAAACGUCCAGAAGGGAAGGUGUUAAUAAUUGGUGGAGGAAUUGCUAAUUUUACGAAUGUAGCUGCAACGUUUAAAGGAAUCGUAUCGGCACUUCAAGGAUAUCAGCCUAAACUCGUAGAACAUAACAUAAAAAUAUUCGUAAGAAGAGCAGGGCCUAAUUAUCAAGAAGGCCUAAGAAUUAUACGUGAAGUUGGAAGACGUUUGGGUAUUCCAGUUCACGUGUUUGGUCCAGAAACGCAUAUGACAGCUAUAUGCGCUAUGGCUCUAGGGAAAAAACCGAUUCCAGAUCCAGAGGCUCAAGAAUUUUCAACUGCAAAUUUCUUGUUACCUUCUGGUCAAGAUGUUGGACCUUCUGCUCCUUCGAAAAGUACUUCGUCUACACCUAUCACGGAACAAACAAAAUUAAAAGCAAGUGAUACUGUAGACGGUUUAAAACCGAAACAAUUAUUUAACAAUAAAACCAGAGCUAUUAUUUGGGGUAUGCAAACCAGAGCCGUCCAAACUAUGUUAGAUUUCGACUUCGUUUGUCGAAGAUCAGAACCAUCCGUAGCUGCUAUGGUAUAUCCAUUCACGGGAGACCAUAAACAGAAGUUUUAUUGGGGCCACAAAGAAGUUCUCAUACCCGUGUACAAACAAAUGAAAGAUGCGAUGUCGAAACAUAACGAUGCAGACGUUAUGAUAACAUUUGCCUCUUUAAGAUCCGCAUACGAUAGUACGGUUGAAACGUUACAAUUUCCGCAAAUUAGAACAAUCGCAAUUAUCGCGGAAGGUAUACCUGAAAAUAUGACUAGGAAAAUAAUUUUUUUGGCACAACAGAAAAAUGUAACGAUUAUCGGGCCGGCUACAGUCGGUGGUGUUAAACCUGGUUGUUUCAAAAUUGGCAAUACAGGCGGUAUGACAGAUAAUAUUCUUCAUAGCAAAUUGUACAGACCUGGAAGUGUUGCCUAUGUUUCUCGUUCCGGUGGUAUGUCUAAUGAAUUGAACAAUAUAAUUUCCAAAGCCUCCAACGGUGUUUUGGAAGGUGUUGCGAUUGGAGGUGAUCGAUAUCCAGGCACCACAUUCAUGGAUCAUAUCAUGCGUUAUCAAAAUAAUCCUGAUGCUAAACUCAUUGUACUUCUCGGUGAAGUUGGUGGCAUAGAAGAAUACGAAGUGUGUCAGGCAAUUAAAUCAAAGAAAAUUACAAAACCCUUGAUCGCUUGGUGUAUUGGCACUUGUGCAAGUAUGUUUACUUCUGAAGUACAAUUCGGUCAUGCCGGUUCCAUUGCCAACAGUAAUGUGGAAACAGCGUCGGCCAAAAAUGCAGCUUUGAAGGCAGCUGGUGCCUAUGUUCCUGAUAGUUUUGAUAACCUUGGUGAUCUCAUCCAGACCGUUUAUCAAGAACUCGUAAAGAAUGGAACGAUCGUUCCAGCACCGGAGGUUCCACCACCAACAGUACCUAUGGAUUACAAUUGGGCCAGGGAACUUGGUUUAAUACGAAAACCAGCGUCAUUUAUGACAUCCAUAUGCGAUGAACGUGGUCAAGAACUUCUAUAUGCUGGUAUGCCCGUCACAGAAGUUCUGAAACAAAACGUAGGAAUCGGUGGGGUUGUUUCUCUUUUGUGGUUCCAACGUUGCUUACCCGCUACUUAUUGUAAAUUUCUUGAAAUGUCACUCAUGUUAACUGCGGAUCAUGGACCAGCAGUUUCAGGUGCUCAUAAUACUAUUGUAUGUGCCAGAGCAGGCAAAGAUUUAGUUAGUUCUCUUGUUUCUGGACUCCUCACUAUAGGUGAUCGUUUUGGUGGAGCUCUGGAUGGAGCUGCACGUAUGUUCUCUGAAGCCUAUGAUGCUGGUUUGCAUCCUCAAGAAUUUGUAAAUAAUACUCGUAAAAAAGGCAAACUUAUAAUGGGUAUUGGACACCGUAUAAAAUCUAUAAAUAAUCCAGACAUGCGCGUGAAGCUUAUAAAAGAAUUUGUUUUGGAGAAUUUCCCAGCUAAACCAUUAGUGGAAUAUGCAUUGGAAGUUGAAAAAAUAACUACUAGUAAAAAGCCUAAUCUAAUUCUUAAUGUGGAUGGUAUCAUAGCAUGCGCAUUUGUUGAUAUGUUAAGAAAUAGUGGAAGUUUCACGAGAGAAGAAGCUGAAGAAUAUAUAGAAAUUGGAGCUAUAAACAGUCUUUUUGUACUUGGCAGAAGUAUAGGUUUCAUAGGUCAUUACAUGGAUCAGAAGAGGUUGAAACAAGGUCUUUAUCGCCAUCCAUGGGACGAUAUUUCUUACGUAUUACCAGAGCAAUAUAAUUGAAUUAUUUCAUCGCGUGAUCAAUCGUCAUAAGAGGAAAACAAUGAGUCCAUCAAUGCUUGUAACAACAAUUGUGCUCUUUAUAAUUAUUUUGUUGCUAUAAGAGCACUGAUCCUUGGAAUCAAUAUCACAUUCAUUUAGAUAAAAAGUUACUGUCUAGUGACAUAAAAAAUACUCUGCAACAGCAGUAUGUUAUGUCUUAAUGAGAGUAAAAAGCUUAGAGAUCUUGAUGAGCUAAUAUGAAUAUAUUUAAGGUUGUAUAAGAACGUUAUAAAGUAAAAGUUGAUAGUUAUCUGUUGCAUUUACAAUGUUUUAUAUAUUUUAAAAAUUCAUAAAACAUUCCAUAAUUUGCAUUUUCGAUUCUAAUUAAAAACAUAUGUAUACAUUUUGUGACACAUAGUAGUUUCUUCGAGCAUGUUAAUUCAUCUUCCUGAAACUGCACAAAAUGCCUUCUUUAAUUCAGUGAAUAUAUGCAUCAGUUUAUUCAUUCUUCAUUGUAAUAAUGUCUUUUGUUAGGAAGGUACUAACUUGUAUACAUUAUAUGUACAAUUAUAUGCACAAGAUAACAAAGGGUCUUUCGCAUUUUAUGUAUGGAAAAGAUAGUAAAUAUGUGUAUAAUAUUUA